UCGGCAGUCAUAUCGUGGCUCAAAUUUUUCUGACUCUAGUUAUCAAGAGUAAGCAUAUCGAUACACACUAGCUUCAUAUCGUUAGCAAUGCAUCCCUGUAAUUCCCUCCACUCCUGAUACCAAGAAUGGAAAACAUAUCGAUAAGCUAACAAAAAGUGUCGAUAUGGGCAAAGAGGAAAGCUAAGUCCGCAGUGUACUUUUCAAUAUUUCCCAAAUAGCAGUGCUUUGGUCGCGUACACAACAUGGAGGUGGAUCAGCUGACUUUGGCCGAUGUGGUGUUUGUUAUUGAAACCAGUGCUAUCAAUGGAGCCUACUUAAACGAGCUGAAAACCAAUUACAUUUUGCCCACUUUGGAACACUUUACCCAGGGCUCAAUUGAUGAACGCGAAUUCCUGAUAGCCGAACGCUAUGCGACGCUCUAUGGCAUUGUUACAUAUCGCACCGCCUCGAAUCUCCUGGAGCCUGUGUGUACCACUUAUGGCCCUUUUGUACAACCACAGAAAGUCAUUGAGACAAUUGAACGACUACCGCUGGUCGGUGGCGGCAUGGAAUCGCAUGCCCACAUGGCCGAGGGCUUUGCUGCUGCCCAUGGCUGUUUCGAUGAGAUCAGCGAGCAGCGUCACAUAUUGGACCAGGGCAAUAUGCAGCGCCAUUGCAUAUUGAUCUGCAACAGUCCGCCGUAUCAGAUGUCAGUGAAUGAAUCCUGGAAGUACAAGGGCAAAUCGUGCGAACAGCUGGCGGCUCUAUUCAAUGAGCGUAAAAUCAAUUUAUCCAUUAUUGCGCCGCGUAAAAUGCCAGUGCUGUUCAAGCUGUUCAUAAAGGCCGACGGCGAUCAGCCCAUAACGACCAAAAAUUAUGCCAAGAACAUUCGGCAUUUGGUGCUGCUUAAGGGCUACAGCCUGAAGGAGCGAGCACCCAGUCCCAAUAGCAUGGCUGUGGGCGGUUCAACGGCAGCUCAACAUCAAAUGGGCGCUCCACAGCCCCAACCAACAGCAGUGCAAGUCAUGAAUAAUAAUCCAAAUGGCCAACAGUCAGGUCAAGUUCAGAACAUGCCCAUGGACACAACGCCUUCACAACAGCAGCAGCAGCAGCCGGGCGGUGGGCCACAGCAGCAACAGCAAGUUAUGAACAUGAACUCGAUGCAACAGCAACAGCAACAGCAGCAGCAGCAACAGCAACAACAGCCACAACAGCAACCUGGACCAGGCGCUCAAACAGGUCUCAUGACUGCACAGCAACAGCAGCAACUGCUGCAACAACAGCAGCAGCAACAGCAGCAGCAACAACAACAGCAACAACAACAAUUUGUGCCUAAUCAAAUGCAGAAUGCCAACUUUCAGCCAAACGUUGGGCCAGGUCAGAACCGCUGGCUGUAUCCAAAUCAGCCCGGACAGCGUCCAGCCUUCAUGCAAACACCUGGCAACAAUAUGCCGUUACAGCAAACGCAGAAUCCCAAUUCGGCAUUGAUUUCCCGUAUAAAUGCGCCGCCUAAUCAAACUGUCAACUCGCUGCAGCAGCAACAACUACAGCAGCAACAGCAACAGCAGCAACAACAACGAUUACAAAUGUUAAGCCAUCAGCAAUUCAAUCAGCUGCAACAGCAGCUGGCACAGCAACAACAGCAGCAUCCACAGCAACAGGUGAAUCCCAAUGCUAAUGCCAAUGCCAAUAUGUUGCCAGCUGUUUCUAGUGCUGCUAAUCAGCAGCAACAACAGCAGCAGCAACAACAGACGCAGCAACAACAAUUGCAGCAGCAGCAACAGCAGCAACAACAACAACAACAACAACAGCAGCAACAGCCACAGGAACAAUCAUCGCUACGUGAAAAAAUCUGGACCGGUAUCCUCGAAUGGGCGGAGAAGACUAAAAAUGAUCAGCAAAAGAUUCCGCAUUCGCUGCAGUGCACCGUCUGCACCAAUAUCAAGGAUGGGGAGCCCGAAAUCAAGGCUGACAAUUGGCCGCCAAAGCUGUUGAUGCAGCUAAUGCCGAAACAUCUCGUGGGCAACAUUGGCGGUCAGUUCCUCAAGGACUCGAAAAUGGUAGUGUUUCGUCCAACGCCAGGCGAGGCGCUUGAUUCGUUAGCGAAAAUGAUGACCUCCGGCUUUGCCGGCUGCGUUCAUUUCUCGGCGCUGCCCAAUACGCCCGCCUGCGACAUUAAAGUGCUCAUCCUGCUAUACACUGCCGAUCGUAAUGCGUUUCUCGGCUUCAUACCCAACAAUCAGUCCAUGUUUGUGGAGCGCUUGCGCAAGGUGAUACAGCAGAAGCAAUCGCACGGCAAUAUGCAGCAGCAGCAGCAGCAAAUGCCGCCGCAACAACAAAUGCAGCAGAUGAUGCAACAGCAACAGCAGGGCAAAUCGCCAAUGGAAAUGCAACAACAGCAGCAGCAGCAACAACAAAUGCAGCAAGACAAUUCGCAACAACAACAGCAGCCACAUUAUAAUCAAUAUGCACAGCUCAACAUGCAAAUGGGCGGCGCCCCAGGGGGCAACGGAGGUGGCGGCAUGCCCAUGCAGCCCCAAAUGCAAAUGAACAUGAUGCAGCAACAGCAGCAGCAGCAGCAACAGCGCAUGCCAUUGGGCGUACCCGUUGCGAAUCCCAAUCUACAACAGCAGCUACAACAACAGGUGCCACAGCAGCAACAGCAGCGCAUGGUGCGUCCCAUGCUGGGCAACAACAAUCCAGGACUCCGUCAGCUGUUGCAGCAUCAAACGCCCGGCAAUCAGUUUCGCCCCCAAAUGGGCGGGCAACCAAAUCAGAUGGGUGCCGGCGGUCCUAUGGUGGGCAAUCGCAACUUUGACGAUGGCGGCUAUGAGUUUAUGUAAAAUUUUAAUAUGUUCUUGUAGUAUAUAUAUAUAUAUAUAUAUACCUAUAGAUAUUCGCGUUCAGUAUCAGUAUCUGUGUAAACCCACGCAACUCCCACUCCCUCAAAAAACUUGUUUGUAAAUUGUCAAGUCUCUCUCUACUCUCUAAAGACAUUUUGUAAUCAUAGGCCCACAUCGAUACAUCUAUCUAUUUAA